UCCGACGCUACAUUGCGUUUUAUCAAGAACAGUUCACCUUCUGUGCUCGUCGUGUUUGUAGUCACUCGCGACAUCGUGGGAUUUUAGCAAAAAUUAGAAACACGUGCAGGGGCAGCUGGCUUGUGUUGCGCCUACAAUUUACGAAGAGCCUUUAUCAAGUACGUCGUUUUCGAACAAACUGAUCAGCCGGGUGGAACAUGGGUUUACAACGAGCAGGCGGAUAACAGCGUACACUCAAGCAUGUAUCGAGAUCUUCGUACCAACCUUCCCGUAGAGAUAAUGGGUUAUCCCGGCCAUCCAUUUCCUGAAGAAGGUCCAUCAUUCGUGCAUCAUUCGACGGUGAAGAAGUACCUCGAUGAUUUCUACAAGAAUCAAGUUGAACCGUAUGGAAACAUCAAGCACAACACCAAAGUUGUAGCUGUUCGCAGAGCGCUAAACGAUUCGCACUGGGAAGUCGACGUGGUAGAAGCUACUGGUGAUAAACGUACUGAAAGCUUCACUCAUAUAAUGGUGUGUAAUGGAAAGUAUACGGUGCCCCGUUUGCCUGACGUUCCUGGUUUAGAAACUUUCACUGGAACCAUCGAACACAGUCACGGCUAUCGCACACCUGAGAAGUAUGUUGGAAAGCGAGUACUCAUUGUUGGUGGCGGAUUUUCAGGGACCGAUAUUGCCCAGGAAAUUUCGUCGGUAGCUAAAGAAUGCUUCCUUUCGCAUGGACUGAAGGCCCCACUAAAACUUCCCAAUGUAACUGAAAAAAGCCUGUUAAAACGCGUGUCUCGAGAUCGAAUGCACUUUGCUUCGGGUGACAUUCUGAGUGGCCUGGACUGCCUGCUAUUUUGCACGGGCUACAAAAUUUCUGCUCCGUUUCUUAACGACUUGGUAAAUGUUGAUGAUGGAUACAGAGUGCGUGAUCUUUACCGUCACACUAUCCUAAUCACCAACCCAACAAUAACAUUUAUUGGGUUACCAAGUUGUAUUGUACCCUUUGUGGUGUUCGACUACCAGGUUCGCUUAGCAAUUGAGGUUUUCACAGGAGAGAUGAAACUUCCCGACGAGACCGAAAUGCGCAAAGAAGUUGAACGCGAAGAAGCGAAAAGAGAAAAGGCUGGUCUAUGCCCGCGGAAGUUUGCCCAUGAUAUGAGAGGAAACCUAUUGUGGGAUUACCUUCAGACAUUUGUGGACGAUGGUUUCGGUCAGUUAGAUCCUACUGUAAAAAAGGGAUAUGUCGCGGUAAAUGAGGCGCGCUGCAAGGACGUCGUUGGAUAUAGAAACAUCAAGCUCAGUCUAUAAUUUAGAUCAUUAAGCAGUUGGCCGGCACAAGGUGUUCUAUAUAUAGAGGACUAAUAAGGUUAUUUCAAAUAGUCUUGUCGAGUGCUUUGUGUAUGUACAGUAAAUGAAAAUAGCUGUAUGGAAUACAUAAAAUAGAGGAAUACCUAAAAAUAGUGCACAUAUAUUAUAAUACAUUUUUACGCUCUUUUUAAACGAUUAAUUUCUGUCAACCACUUAAUAAGUGAAUGAAAGGUGUUAAAUUGUACUUUUUGCGAAAUAAAAACAUAGUUAAAGAAACAAAUUAAGUAUUCUAAUGCUUAUGUUGGAUUUUUGACUAUCAAUCAAUUUUUCGUUGACUAAUAAAAACUUAAUUCUGAAAGGUUGUAGAUUGAACCAUACUGAUAUCAUAUCUGUCGUCCUACAGUAGCAAGGCGACCAUCUUAUUAUAUAAGAUAUAUGCUGUUGCACCACGCGUCCUCGUUCUCAGAUAAAAUACAAAAUUUCUUUACCGAAACACAAGUACCAAAUUUCUAAAUCAAUAUCUUCACUGUUUAAAUUACCCACCACUAAAAACUCGUAUUAAUUUUGGUAUUGUCAUCAUUUUCUUCCAAGCUUAAAAUUGGAUCACCAUUCAAAAAACCAAUUCUAAGAAUGGAAUUGGAUAUUGAAUUUUUGUGCUUGCAUUCUACAAGUGCAUCCACCAUUUGGACCGAAUCAUUCCUUAUUGCCCAGUUCACAGUUAACCUGCAUGUUAUGUAUUUGGAUGAAGCGGUGUUUAUGAGUAAGGAAAACUCAGAUGUUAGGCGGAAUGAAUAAUCUUCUCCUUUAUAUUCAUGUAAAGCAUCAUCACCUAUUUAGAAAUCAAGUGUUUGCAUACAAACUAAUGUAGAUAUAGCCAUCCUUUUUUGUGUCUAUACAAUAGAAUCCAUAAUAUUAGAGUGUAAAUGAGAAUAUUGUACAUUCGAAUGCCUCGGAAACUUAAAAAAGUAGAAAUCUGUGGCAGAAACGCAUAAUGCUACAAUUAAGUCUCACAUCGUCUAGCUGCGGUGGCUUGUUGGAAGUCCGUUAGUUUAGAAAAGUAGAAAAACGAAAGUAUAGCGUUAGCAUCAUAAGGCCAGGAAUAAUCAAUACAAUAUAGGUCACAUAUUUUAUUCAACGAUUAAAAAGGUCAGUGCAGGUCCUUUCUGUAUACUGUUGUUAGCUAAUCUGUCUGCGUUGUUGACUUUAGAAUAAUUAAAUUUGUUGCAACAGAUGGACAUUAAAAAAACUGCUAUCGUCCUGCUUCGAAAUUCUAAGUGUUUAUUCGACGAAGUGAAAGCAAAACACUAGGGAUAUCAUUCUUUGGACUUUUUAUACAUGUAUAUAUAUUUCUGCAUCUCCUUAUAUGACAGUAUACGUAGUUGCUCAUUCCUUUUUUUUCGCGUUGCCAAUCCGUACUCCGUUUACCGCUAAUUCCCUAUAGUGCAUUUACUUACAAAUAUAUCUAUCACGUUGUUACAUCGAUACAUUGUAUGUAGAAAUCAACUGCUGCCUACUACGAACAACCGCUUACCUCGCUACCUAAACCUGGCUGCUAACUCGCAAA